UCGUCGCCAGCCGACCUCUACUAUCGGCGCGUGUCGGAGCGCGAAGUCGAGUCGACGCCCCGACUGGAUGUGCUUUGCGCGUUGUUCGAGGAGGAGCUUAUCCAGCGGGCAGCACGAAUCCGGACAGCGCAGUCGGAGCCCGAACGGCCCAAGGGUCUAUCGCCCAAGCGCUGUCACUCUUCCAAGCGCAAAAACAAAAAAUGCACCCAAAAAUCUGAUAAACAUUCUUCGUCUUCGUCGGAAGCAUCAGACACAUCGGGAUCGUCGGACGAGAACGAGCUGGACUGGUCGGACGAGAACGAGUGCAACAUGGCUGCGCUGGAAGCGAAGAUCAAGCACCCGCAGCGCCUACACGCCGACUUGUGGCAUAACGAUCCCGGUGAGAUGAACGAUGGACCACUGUGCCGCUGUUCGGCACGUUCUCAGCGAACCGGAAUUCGGCACGGAAAAUACCCGGGUGAGGCAGGGUUUUCGCAGUGCGCGCAACAAUCAAAUAACGCGAACAAACUGCACCACUACCGCAUUACGAUCUCACCACCGACCAACUUUCUCACCAAAACACCCACGAUCAUCAAACAUGACCAGCACGAGUUCCUGUUCGAAGGGUUUUCGCUGCUGGCGCACGAGCCCAUCGGCGAGCUGCCUACCUGUAAGGUGAUUCGUUUCAACAUCGAGUACACCAUCCUCUACUUAGAAGAACCGAUGCCGGAGAACUUUACUAUUCGCGAGCUCGAUCUGUUCGAGCGCUUUCUGUUCCGUGAGCUCCUCGAGCUGGUCGAUUUUAGUGUGCAGCCGUCUGGGCCGAAAGUCGCGGAUAGCUCCUGCCCUUGUUAUCACUUUUUGCCGCGCUUCGUGCGCGAUCUGCCCGACAACGGCAAGGAAGUGCUGGCAAUGGCUGAGGUGCUACGAUACUUGCUCGACAACUCUGGCCCACUGGUCCAGCCGGAAUUGCUCGGUGAGAUGAUGACGAUGGGGCAGGGCGAAUGGCAAGACUAUGUUGACUGCCUGAAGGGCAUGGUGGUGACGAACCCGGGCAUGAAACCGUGCUCCGUCCGCGUGGACCAGCUCGAUCGUAACAUCAGCGAUGUGCCGGAGGCAGCAACCGCUCUCGACGCUAAUGGGUUUGUGCACCCGGUGAUCGUCCACUUCGGAAUACGCCCGCCACAGCUCAGCUACGCGGGUAACUCAGAGUACCAGAAAGCGUGGCGGGAGUACAUCAAAAACCGGCACCUCGUGGCGAACAUGUCGAAACCGUCGUUUGAUGACAAACGUAAGUUGGAGGCGAAGGAAAACCGACUGCUGGAGAUGCGCAUGCAGGGACGCAUGAAGCGUAACAUUACGAUCGCGGUGAGCGCUCGCUCCUUUCACCGGACGGGUAUCAUGUGCGAUAUGGUGCAGCAUGCAAUGCUGAUACCGGUGCUAACCGGCCACCUCCGCUUCCACCGAGCGCUCGAUGUGCUGGAACGGGUCAUCGAUUACAAGUUUACGAACCGUUAUACGCUCCAGCUGGCCCUUACGCACCCGUCGUACAAGGAGAAUUUUGGCACCAACCCGGACCACGCGCGUAACAGCCUUACGAACUGCGGUAUCCGCCAGCCGGAGUAUGGUGACCGUAAGAUCCACUAUAUGAAUACUCGCAAGCGCGGCAUCAACACACUGAUCAGCAUAAUGUCGCGUUUCGGCAAGGAAUGUGAAACCGAUAGCAACAUUACCCAUAACGAGCGGCUUGAGUUUCUUGGCGACGCGGUGGUCGAAUUCAUUACCUCGAUCCAUCUGUUUCACAUGUUUCCCGAUCUGGAAGAAGGCGGGCUGGCGACCUACCGUGCGGCGAUUGUACAGAAUCAGCAUCUGGCGGUAUUGGCCAAGAAGCUCCAAUUGGAGGAGUUUAUGUUGUACGCGCAUGGGUCCGACUUGUGCCAUGAGCUCGAGCUACGCCAUGCCCUUGCCAACUGCUUCGAGGCGCUGAUGGGUGCCCUGUUGCUCGACGGUGGUAUUGAAGUGGCUGACCGUGUAUUCGCUUACGCCCUGUACGGAAAGGACGAUCCGAUCCUGCACAGCGUCUGGGUAAACUAUCCUCCCCAUCCGCUGCAGGAGCAGGAACCGGAUGGCGACCGGCAUCACAUUAAGUCGUUUGAGAUGCUUAAAAUGCUGACGCGCUUCGAAAAGUCCAUUGGCGUGAAAUUCAAACACAUCCGGCUGCUGGCGCGCGCUUUCACCGAUGAGUCCAUGGGAUUCACCAAUCUGACGCUUGGCUCGAACCAGCGGCUUGAGUUUUUCGGCGACACGGUUCUGCAGCUGAUAUGCUCCGAGUAUCUUUACCGACACUAUCCCGAGUAUCGCCAGACCCUCUUGUCGAAGCUGCGAAGCUGUCUGGUUAAAAAUCGCACGCUAGCUAUCGUGUGCGACGACUUGGGCUUGACGCAGUACGCGGCAUAUUCGCCCAGGAAGGUGGAAGCUGGACUCAAAACAAAGGAUCGGGCGGAUCUGUUCGAGGCGUUCCUGGGAGCGAUGUACAUUGACCGCGGGCUGAAGGACUGCGAAGUAGUCUGUCAGGUGUGUCUGUUCUCGCGGCUGCAGGACUUUCUUGGGAACGAAGACUGGAGCAAGAACCCGAAGGAUGAGUUGCAACAGUGCUGCCUCAGGCUGCGCACGAUGAAGGGAGGCAAUGCGGACUUACCGGUGUACGAGUUAAUCGAGAGUACCGUAACAAACAGAAUAUCCGUCCAUUCGGUGGCGGUAUCUUUUCGCGGCACGCGGCUGGCUUGCGGAGCUGGUUCUAGCAUUAAAAAUGCACAAAAGAAAGCCGCGCAAGAGGCGCUUGACAAUUGGAAGAAUCUGUUGCCGCAGUUAAAUGUGCCUCAAUCAAGCCGUUCGACAG